AUCAUGCCGCUACCGCUCCUUGAAGACCCUCGAGAUUACACUCGACCCGAAACUCGUGAUCUUCUAGAGAGCAAACUACGCCGAAAGAUGGGCAACGCUCUCGAUGAACGAUGGAUGUCAAUCACGGAACCGACAACGCCAUCGACAAACGGAGUCGACAAUCCUCCUAAUCUUCGCAAUACCUGGUUACGUCGUCAGCUGAACUCGUUGAAUCUCUCACGAGACUCGUCGAUGGUAAAUCUAUCCGAUCAGGAAGUUGCAUCCUUGGAGUCUUGGCUAAUGUGGAAAGCGAACUGUAUCGUCAACUACGAAUGGGUUUACGUCGGACCCCUGUUCUGGCCAUCGUGGGUGAAACACGGAACGUGCCCCAAGAAGCCGUGUUCGUGGCCAGCGGGAAUGACCUGCGUACCGGGGGACAGUACCAACAUCAGACUCUUACGAUGGCAUUGUCGAAGUCGUCAGACGUCGACGGUCACCAACGAAGAAUCGCAGGGGAAGUCGUCCGGUGGUUCGUCCAGCGGGAAACAAUGCAGGUGGCUCAAAGUUCCAUACGUAAUCACAACACAAUGUGUGUGCAGUUGCAGCUAA